AUGUCUCGCUCCGGCCCCUUGGUGUAUUUAGACAUAUCGAUCGGCACGCAGCCUGCGGGCCGUCUCGUGUUCAAAUUGUUCUCUGAUGUGACUCCAAAAGCGGCGGAGAACUUCAGAGGCCUAGCUACAGGGGAGUACGGCGUGAGCAAGGCCUCAGGCAAGCCCCUGUGCUACCGGGGCUGCCGCUUCUUUCGGUCCGUUUCUGGCGUUCUGCUGCAGAGUGGCGACUUCAUCACCAAUGACGGCACUUCAGGCGAGAGCAUAUGGGGGGGGCCUUUUAACGACGAGAGCUUCCAACGGAGGCAUGCGCAUGCUGGCUGUUUGAGCAUGGCCAACAACGGCCGCCACACCAACACGUCUCAGUUUUUCAUAACUCUUAAAAAGGCCCCGCAGUUCGAUGGCAAACAUCAAGUGAUCGGACAGCUAGUGGACGGGAUACAAGUGCUGCGUGCCAUGCAGCUCGUACCUGUGCACUCCAAUUCACAAGUACCACGAGUUGAUAUUGUCAUUACAGCUUGCGGACAGUUGGCGUCUGCUGCUACUCUCCGAAAUGCCUCCAUGUCUGCUGUCCGAACGCAACUGGACACACUGAUGAAGAAACACGAACGGGAACUUAAAAAGCAAGCAGAAGACUCCAGGAAACUUAAAGGGAGUGACGAGGAGUCAGUCAGCAGCAGCACUGACAGUGAGACGGAGGCGCCGUCAAGAAGAGACAAACGACGGAGGCAAGAGAGGAAGAGGCAACGGUUCCUGGAAAGCAGCACAUAUGCUGCUCAGCAGGCCAUGGAAAAAGUGCUAGCAGGGGUGCCACUGCUGCAACAGUUGCAGCCAGAAGCAGUACUAGCAGAAGAGCGAGCGGCUGCACUCUACGAGGGAGACAGCAGCAACAGCGAAGAGGAAGAAGAAACGAAACAGCGGCAGAAAACAGAAGCAACAGAAGCUGCUGCCGUUGACCCGCUCGGCAAGCUGCUGCUGCAGCUCGAUGAGGAAGCAGGCUCGCAAACAGACGAAGACACCACUGCAGCUGCAGCAGCAGAUGGUGAAAGCGGUGGCACGUCAGCAGCGCGCGCGUUGAUCUUAGCAAGGAAGCAAAGGCUACUAUCUCUCCGGCUGCAGCUUAAUCAGGGUCGAGCGAUGAACACUAAAGAGGUAAUAGAGGAGAAACGCCAGUGGGAGACUCCAGCAGCAGCAGCAGCAGCAGCAGCCGCAGAAGCUCGUCAGGCGUACAAGCGCCUGCAGCAAGCCCCAAUGUAUCGGCUGUAUAAGGAGGAAACCGAGGCUGCAACAGCGGCAGAAGGAGCCAAAUCCGCAACAACGGCAGAGUCUUCAGGGUCUGCUGUAACGGGAGCCACCUCUGCAGCAACAAGUGCAGCAGUUGCAGCAGCAGCAUCGAGUGACGAUGAAGAGACUGGGGCACCCGGGCGCCGCAAAGGGAAGGGCGGUCGUCGCAAUGUCCUGGAUGAGCCGUUGGCGUUUUCUGAAGAUGCCCAAAGGAUGCAGAAGAAGAAGGGAAAGAGUAACUUCGGGUGGAAUGUAUUUAAUGAAGACGCGCUUUAUAGAGCACACAAAAAGAGACUUUCUGAGGUGCCGCUGCGAGCUGACGAGUACAGGCAGCAGCAAGAGUCUCUCGGGGAUGCCUUUUGGGAUCCGAACUUAGUGUUAUCUCACCCGAAUCACAAGCCUUCUGCUGCUGCUCUGGAGCGUCUUGCUGCGUCUGUCGCCGCUGCAAAAAGCCGGCGCGGUAUGUUCUCGCGGCGUCGUAUGUUCAACGAAGACGCAGAUGUUAGUUACAUCAAUGAGAGAAACAGAAUAUUCAACAACAAGUUGGAGAGGAGCUUCGACACAAGAGAGAUCAAGCAAAACUUCGAAAGAGGAACAGCUCUCUGA